GCUUUAUAAAGGCAGGCACCCGUGGCCGUGCUACAUUGUAAUCGCGAGGCUGCAUUGAGAUGGAGCUCAAGUGCGCCUUAGUGUUGACCCUCGUGGGUGUAGUGGCAUCCAGUCCUUAUAAUAGCUAUGGCGUGAAGGGCGGCGCGGGGGCUAAAGCCGAUGCAGCAGCGCUAGCCGGUGCUUUCAGUGGCGCUGGAAACAUCCCCGCUGGUGCCGGAUUUUCGGGCAGUGUUUCCAAAUCCUCGGCCUCCAGCUUUGCUUCAUCGAGUGCUAGUUCCAGUUCAAGUUCAUUCAGCUACAGCGGUAGUGGUUCCUUUGGCCCGGGAGGUGCGGGUUGCACUUCCGGAGGGUGUCAGAAGAGCACAAACGGUCAACCUGGACACGGUUUUCCAGCAUUCAGUGGUGCCAACGCGGGGGCUAUAGCAUCAGCUGGUGCAAUCGCUGGCGCGUAUUCACCUAAUGGUGCUCCUUGCACUAGUGGUGUGUGUUCAGGCCAGAAACCCUCAGGAUGUCAAGGAUCUAACUGCGGUGACGCUACCAAAUGUACUUCAGGCAAAUGUGACACGCCAUCAUCAAACGAUGGACCAGAGGAUGACGGAAAUGACAUUCAUGUAAAUGUUGCUGGCACGGCAGCUUCGAAAACUACUAAAAAUGCUCAAGGAUCUCAGUACGACAAAUCUUCCGAUAGCUAUCAACCUUUCGGUUGUCCCAAUGGAAACUGUGGAACGCCGUCCUCUACAAAACCAUCAUACCCGCAAACGAACCCUGAUGCAGGACUCGAUUAUACCAAGCCUAAAUGCGAAUCGCCAAAUUGCAAUGGUAACUAUAUUCCUCAGAGUGGCGCACAGGGUAAUUCAAACGUACCUGUACCUGCUAAAGAUUUGACGGCUCCGAAAGAAAACCCCAAUCCAGGAACUGGGCGCUUGCCUUUGAAUUACAAUGCUUACCAAAACGCCCCUUCUGCGAAUGAUAAAGUUGAUCAGUGCUCUUCCGGAAAGUGUGAUAAUAAACAUCCGGACAGUGUAUACAAUCCCGCUAAUGGUGAUUCUUAUUCAACUAAUUACUUAGGCCCCAAUUUCUCUACGCAAUCGACGGAUAGCAACAAAGGAAACUGUGCAUCGGGAAAUUGUGGCACGUAUCCCUCUUCUGGUUCUAGUCCGUCAACCCCUGGGUAUACUCCGACAUCAGCCGGCCCCAAUGGAAACUGUGUUGGUGGAAAUUGCGGUAGCUAUCCGUCAACAGCUCCUGCUCUUACAGGAUCGUAUCCCGGACCCAAAGCCCCAGGCUACUCACAGUUGCCUUCUACUGAUGGUGAUUGCACUAGCGGAAAUUGCGGUACCUACCCUUCUUCUGCACCUAGCCCCACCGGAUCUUAUUCACAAACACCAUCGGGCCCUAAUAGCAACUGUGCCAACGGUAAUUGUGGCAGUUAUCCAACAUCUGCCUCAAGCUCUGCGGGUUCUUAUGCAAGUUCCAAAGCUACCGGCUAUUCACCUGCACCAUCAGCUUCUAGUGGUAAUUGUGCUAAUGGAAAUUGUGGCAGUUAUCCUUCUUCAGCCCCCAGCGCUACGGGAUCUUACCCAGGCUCCACAGCCCCAGGCAUUUCGCCUACGUCGACAUCUCCUAACGGCAACUGUGCCAACGGGAACUGCGGCACUUAUCCUUCACCUGCCCCAAGCGCUACGGGAUCUUAUGCCGGUUCCAAACCCACAAGUUAUUCACUUUCUGCCCCCAGUAGCAACUGCGCCAACGGAAACUGCGGCUCCUACCCUUCAUCUGCUCCAAGCGCUGAGGGGCCGGAUGCAGGUUCCAAACCUACAAGCUAUGCACCCACGCCUUCUACCCCCAGUAGCAACUGUGCCAAUGGAAACUGUGGCAUCUAUCCUUCGUCUGCCACAAGUGCUGCGGCAUCUUAUGCAGGUUCCAAGCCCACAAGCUAUUCACUUACGCCUUCUGCUCCCGGUAGUAGCUGUGCCAGUGGAAACUGCGGCACCUAUCCUUCAUCUGCCCCAAGCGCUACGGGAUCGUAUCCAGGUUCUAAACCCACAAGCUAUUCUCCUACGCCUUCAGUUCCCGGUAGCAACUGUGCCAACGGAAACUGCGGCACCUAUCCUUCUUCUGCCCCUAGUGCUGCGGGAGCUUAUCCAGCUUCAAAAGCCCCUGGUUAUUCAUCUUUACCGUCAGGUCCUAGCGGCAACUGUGUUAAUGGCAAUUGUGGCAAUUUCCCCUCAUCAGCAUCCACAGGAGCUAGCACUUAUCCAGGAUCAAAAUUCCCAAGUUAUUCCCAAGGAACAUCACCUACAAUCCCAUCAGCGAGUGCAAUUGCUCCCACCAAUUGUGGAACUCCUAACUGUGUCGGUUCUUCCGCACAGCCUAGUUCUGGAACAAUCACCAAACCAAGUAUUACAUAUACUCCUCCAUUUACUUCACCUUCUAACUCUGGCCAGUACGGUGCGGCGGCUGGUGCCAAUGCUGGAGCGGGACCUUUGGGUGUUCCUAAACCAACUAGCGGAAUAUAUCCCUCUUCCGAAGAAAAAUUACCUCCUUAUACCGGUGGCUUCGGCGCCCCACCCGGAAUUUUAAAACCGAACGACUUUUCACUACCUUCUAAACCUUCAUACCCAAUAGGUCAAAAUCCUACAAGUCAACCCGCCCACCCUAGCACAAGCGCAAUCCCGUCCAUUACACAUGGAGUAGCUCCAACAUCUCCCACUUCUAAUUUUUAUAAUAAACCUUCUUGCACAUCUGGGAAUUGUGCAGCUCAACCAAGUCAGUCAUCCCCUUCAUAUGGUGCUGGCAACGCGAACAAGGCUAUAGCCGGGGCUGCGGCCGGUGCAAGUGCGUCAGCCAGUGCCAACGCUGUUGCAUACUCAGGAGGGUUUGGCGGUCCACCGGGGCUUCUGAAACCUUAUGAUGCCGGGAAACUGGGAAGUAAGCCAGGUGCUUCUCAAAACGGCCUUGAGGCUGGUAGUUUCGGCAAUAACGGAAACAGCAAUAAUCUGAAUGCAGGAACUGCAGGAACUGGAAUCCAUUCGUCUUAUAAUUCCCCGAAUGGAGGUGGAAGUGGAUUGCAGGCAGGUGCUGGAGCACAUGCAGCUGCCGGGGCUGUUGCAGGUGCAUAUAACUCUGGAAGUAACCAAGGUGGUCAUAAUGGAUGUGGUGGUGGUUGUGGCGGAGACAAUGUCGGCAGCCCGUAUGGAAACUUCGCGCUGAGUAACAGUGGUGCGAUCGCAUCCGCGAAGAGUCUCGCGGGAAUCACCAGCGGGGCAUACAGCCAAGCUGGCAGCUUUGCGAGCAGUUCCGCUAACGCGCACGCUUCUGCCGGAUUCCCUACUAAAGGAGGUUACGGAAGAAGAUAACUUUAAUUACUUCACGACAAGACUCCAUAUAUGGGCAAGCUGUUAAUAAGGCACCCAAGGCCUGUGUGACGACCUGAUUUAAUUUAAUUCAUUAACUAUAAUAAUGGUUUAAUCAUUAGAUCUGAAUACUUAUUGUGAUAUUUAAAAUAUAGACUAACCAACUGAAAUUGUUGUAACCAAUUUGACAAGUAAUUUGUAUUUGUCUUAGGAUUUUGAAAUUAUCGAUGUAAUACAUACAUUUGGGUAUAUUUUAGUCGAUACUGGAUGCGCAUAGACAAGGAGCCAAUAAAAUUGUUAACGCUCCGUACCGAACGAAACGCAGCUGUCUCUGUCGCAUUAAUAUAGAAGAGUGAUAGAGAAAUUAGAGAAAGAUAACUAAAAGUGAACGAUUGGCAUGUUGUCUACGCACCUUGGAGUUCAAUUUUCUGCAUACUGUGUUGUCGCUCUUGCGGAUUACAAUUUCUAUAAAAAUACAUAUCUUUGCUACCUCUACUUAGGAUAGAAGUAGCAAAAGCAAGGAGGUGCUUUCCGACAAACAUAACAAUCAGUGCCGGAUUAACCAUUAAGCAAAAUAAGCACUUGCUUAGGGCACCACGUCUAGGGGGGCACCAAAAUCGUGGGAAAAUAACGGGUAGUUUGUACAUGAAACUUUGUGCGUCAUGUAUAGGGCACGUAAGUGCGUCUCCAACGCAGGCCUUUGCCCCUCCGAGGGCCCAUUCCAUCAGGCUUGCAAUAUGCUGAUUUUUUCAUCAUACUUUACCUAUUGGUUCGUGGUUGAUUUUUGAUUUCCAGCAUUCUGCAAAUCUGUCAGCCUUUGGGCCAAAGGGCCUUAUACCCAACGUAGAGCUCAGUUUUAGAAAUCUACUUGUCUUCAACCCUACGAGGAGCUUUUUCUUCAGCCUUCUCGGAGUGUCGAAUUUAAUAGUAGAUCUACACUUUUGUCUUAAUUUAUAAUUAUGUCGUGUCCGAAUUUCGCUCUCUUGUAACUCGGCCUUCGCCUUCGCAGCACCGAAGUCUUAACAGAUUUUCAAGGAUCGGAAUUUGUCACUCAUGCUGCCCGAGCUCUUGCACACCAGAUUGGUUUGCGACGUAUUGCACACGGCCAAGCUCGUGCGAACUAAUUGUCAAAGUUUUAUUAUAAAAAAACUGAUGACGGAAUCAAAGGCUAAAGUGCAGGUUCGGGGCUUCGUUCCCCACGAAGGUCGUAAACCAAAAGCAUACGGUUUUAUUUAACCCAAAGGUUUCCUUUAGCAGAAUUAAUCUUUGGUUUCCUAAGAUGUAAUUAAAAAAUGAUGCCACCCAGAUUUUUGAUUCAGGUUUAUUUUAGCUUCAGCGAAGUCGGUCAGUCGGAGGUCAAUAACUGUUUAAGUUUAGGUUCUAAGUUACGUUUGUUCUCAUUUUCGACAAAAUCUAAAAUGUCGAUCAUACCACAUUUCAUACAAAUAGAUGCAGCGGUUAUUGAUUCCCCACAUAAACUACCACCCUUCUUUACACAUCCUUAUCGAUGAUUUUUUUAGAUUAAAACUAUCCUGUCCUUUCUUGGGACUAAACUGUAAACUCUUGAUUAUAUUUUUGGGUCUAAACUAAUUAUCUCUAUACCAAAUUUCAACUAAAUUGGUUCAGCGGUUGAGACGUGAAGAGGAAUAUUAAAAAAAAUGAAAAUUUUACCUGUUUCCACUUCGGAAUGGUGUCAAUGUGAUACCAUACUCGUAAAUGAGUUCGGCAUUGCACUCCUAGGGGCCAAUCCUGCCAAAGGGAAUCUUCGGUUCGAAACGCCUAUUUCAUCGGCUGAAACUAACUCUAAUCAAGUGCCCUUUUGAGCGAGGCCAAAUGCCGAGCAGCAGGCCUCACAUGAAUGCGUUUCUCAGAAAAGCUCUCUUUUCAACCCUGUGUGGAGCUCGACCUUAGUCCUCGCUUACACUGGGUAUUCAGUCACAAAACCCAGCUCUCUUGCAACUCCGCCUUUAGGUCUUGCUCGGAAGCGCCAAGUGGCCACUCCGGAUCUUCAACCUUAUGAGUAUGGCCGUUGGAUUCGUUUUUUGACUAUUUCCACCAUUGGUUCAAUUCCAAGCAAUGCUAUUGCUAUCCUGCAGUUCGGCCUUCGGCCUCGGACGAUUGCCCGCCACGGUAGAAACAACUGAGUGUCAACCGUGAACCACGUUCGACGUGUUGUCUCCCUGUCGCACAUACGAAUUUACAAUUGCCUCUGGGCCUCAGUCCUUAUGUAACUUUCGGGUUACUUUUGGUCAUGUUACUUCUAGGGUUUAUUUGUGAAGUGAACCAAAGCAGGUUUUAAUCACAUAGUUAGCCGGAAAGGCAAGUACACAAUCAUAGAUAUAUAAUUUCAGUAAUUUAGUUCACGCAUGCUUUGAUAAAGGUGACAUUAGGAUGGUGACUGCACCAGCAUUACUGUUGCAACGUUACUGCUGCAGCACUGUCAACUUCCUUGAUAAAAUAAGUAAUGGAUUGAAAAUACAAAUUGCAGCAGCAAUGCGACCAUGAACGUCACUUAGUUUACCAAAAAAAAACAAUGUUGUCAAUGUAAUCUGGAUGAGCCUAGGGAGAGGGGGCACCAAGAUCUAGAAAUGCUUAGGGCAUCAAAAUUUCUUAAUCCGGCACUGAUAACAAUUUCGUAUAUACCGACACGACAUAUUGAAGAAUUGUAGUAUAGUAUUUUAAGUGCAAUAUAACUUGAGUUCAAAACUACUUAAGUCAUUAUUAUUAAAUUAAAGUUUUUUUAUA